AUGACGGGAUUAGAUUGUGUAGCUCCACCGAGCAUUGUCCGGUAUUGUUCAACACGACGGACAACGACACAAAGCAGUGCCAAUGCAACGAGAGACUCUCAACUAUUGUCAGUCCUCGCAGCAAGGCGACGACAGCUGCUCACGGGACGACUCACCAGUCAUAUCAAUACCCUUGCCUCAAUAGCCCAUAAACCCCACAAAAGCAACACUACUUUCGCUCAAUUGGAAAUUCGUGAUGCAAAUAAUUCCGUCGUCAAAAGAAUCACAUUUGAUAAUUCAAGUAAUGAAGCCAUCGCACCCACUUUGAGACUCGUUACCAAUGACGGUGUCAGAGAAAUAAAACAAGAUAUCAAACCACAUGAAAUAAGACAUUUGUUUGUACCUAGACUUUAUCAAGAUAGUAAGAGUCGAGGCGGAUUUCUAAAUAAUCGAAGGUUGAUUAAAAAUGCUGCUGAAACAAAGACUGAAAGUGCUAUUGUAUACGUACCACCGGAAAAGGGAGAGAAUUUAGACAAAGGAGUAGAAUUAGAUCCUGAAGAAGAGUUUCAAGUAGACGAAUCAAACCAUGGACUAUAUUUAUUAAACUAUUCAGAUACGGAUAACAUUACUCAGCCACCUUUAGAUUUAAAUAAAACGACAACUACUAAUGAGAUCAACGAAAAUUCUACAUUAAGUUCACUUCCAGAAACAAGUUCAAGAGAAAACCAAGAAGAUAAAAACAUAAAUAAUAACGAUUCAGAAAAAGAAAAGCUAGAAAACAAUGCUAUAGCAAAUAGCACUAGCAUCCAAAGCACGAAACUUGUAAAAGUUGAAAGUGAAAAAGAGAAAAGCAAUCAAACGCUCUUUAUGUCGGAAGAAAUUUAUAAUCACUUUAGACCCCUAGAAACUGAGUUACCCGAUGAAGAAAUGGCUCCUUUUAUUUAUUUUGGUCAAAAACUAGGAGGGCAAGUUAUCAGUGAUAAUCUUACGAAUUCUCCAUCAUUAUCAGCUUCUACAAAGUCGGUGAACUUUAUAAUUGCACCACCUGAAAAAAGAAAAUUUAAUUCGAGGUAUUCUGCAACUGAAAAAUAUAAAAACACUAGUGCAGGUGAAGAAGAAAUAAAUGAAGAUAUGGAUGUAUCUGUUGUAAAAAAUAUAAUUGAGAAAAACAAAAUAAGAAACACUGUAAAGGGUCCUGCACCAGCUCGGCACGUGGGAUUAGUCAAUGCGUAUAGGAAAAAUCCUAUCUCCACCCAAAUUACAGGCCAAUUUAAUACUAGUGAAUCGUUUUUCCAAAAUGUUACAGCUCUUCCUUCAAAUUUAACUAGUGAUACUAAAAAUUCCACACCAAUACUGCAAGUUGAAAAUGCUAAUGUAACUUCAAUAAAUGAAAGUAUUCUAACUAAAACACUAACUACUCCAGCUCCUAUUAGAAACUUUACCCGAAAUUAUUUCAACCUUCGUAGACGUCCAUCAAAAGUCACUACUCUCUUAAGCACUGAAAAUAGCUUAGUUCCGGAAGUCAAUACUACAACAGAAAAAGUAUCAACAACAGUCUAUACUGCGGUAGUUACAUCUGUAUCUAUUACAUCCUCAGUAAAAGGUCUUAACAAAACUGAUUCAUUAACCACGGACCCGGAUAAUACCACAUCAGUUGACAGUUUUGAUGAAACAUUAAACAUAACCGACCAAGUAAUGAUAUUUUUUAAUGAGACUGAGACAACACCCAUGCCAACUACGACAGUAGAAACAAAAACCUCUACUACUCCACCGACGACGACUUCAACCACAUCAACGACAACAUCAACAACAACCACAACGACAACAACACCUAAGCCUCAUAGAUAUCGAAUAAGACUUAGAACAUCUGGAACACAUUUUCAUAACACAACAGCGCCAUAUUCAGUAACACACAAGCCAGUUAUGUCUUCGCUGACCAGUGACAAAUCUAAUGGGGACCUCAAAACUGAAUCCAGCACAUCUAAAAUAUCUGAACGAUUGGCGAAUCUCUUCCGACAGAACGACUAUGACAACGUCACUAAUGGAAUCACAAUGCGACCAAAGAAUAUACUCAAGCGUCGCCGACCAACAACAACGUCCACGACCAGCACAUUCAGACCAACUGUUUACAUAUUCGAUGAAACAUCUCUCGUAAGCUCCUCAACGAAUCGACCAACAACUACAACAACCGAAAAGUAUAUUACGGAAACUACGAUAACAUCUUUCACGGUUACCUCGAGAUCUUCAUCGAGCAGCUCUAAGUCUCUCCAACUUUCUAACAACACUCUACCAGAAAGCAAAAGUGUAACAAAUUUGACACAAGCUAAAAACGACAGUUCUGACACCCAAAAUGAAGUAGUAAUUGAAGCUGAAAAGACGUACACGGCUUCAUACGUAUUGGCCGGACUCGGUUUUCUUCCAGUGAUAGCGGUAGUGGGUUUCGUUCUAAGAAACAUUCUCAAUAAGAAAACAAAAGAGAUCGACACCGAAUACGAAGGUUACUUUGAUGAUGGAGAGGAUAUUAAGAAAGAAUCGCAAAUCACGCCCGUGGCUCGACCACCUGUACCACCGCCUACUAAACCAGACCAGAAGUGGGAAUUCCCACGUAAUAAGCUCAGACUGCAAACGCUGUUAGGUCAGGGCAAUUUUGGGCAGGUGUGGAAAGCUGAAGCAGACGACUUGAACGGUCACGACGGGCUGACUCGGUUGGUUGCCGUGAAGACGAUCAAAGAGUCAGCCUCUCAGAAGGAGAAGCAGGAGCUCCUACACGAGAUAUACAUCAUGCAGAAGAUUGGUACUCAUCCCAACGUUGUCACGCUCCUCGCUUGUUGUAGCGAACAAGAGCCCUACCUGCUGAUAAUGGAGUACGUGAUGUGCGGCAAGCUGCUGACGUACCUGCGCGAGCGCCGUUCCCGGCCCGACCGAUUCAGCGGCAGCGGAGCUCUAACCUCCAGAGACCUCACCGUCUUCGCCUACUGCGUGGCCAGGGGCAUGGACUACAUAGCUUCUAAGGGGAUCGUGCACCGCGAUCUCGCAGCUCGCAACGUGCUGGUGGACCACAAUAAGCUGUGCAAGAUCGCGGACUUCGGCAUGUCACGCUGCGCAGGCGCAUCUCUGCGAAGCCCUCGAGGGGCACUGCCCGUGCGCUGGAUGGCGCCCGAGGCCCUUCUCUACGACGCCCACAGCCACCACUCCGACGUUUGGGCCUUCGGCAUUACGCUGUGGGAGAUCGUCACUUUGGGCUCGACCCCCUACGCUGCCAUGACGGGCCGCGAAGUCCUAACCGCAGUGACGGAGGGCUAUCGCCUAGAGCGGCCCCCGCACUGCAAACCCCAGUUGUACCGGGCCAUGCACUCCUGCUGGCACGCGGACCCGAACCAGAGACCUUCCUUCGCUCAGCUGAAGGCACAACUGGCGGAGCUGCUGGACAACGAGCCGUCGGAGGGGAAUUACGUUGAUCUAGACUCGUUUUACCAGGAGUCUUCGGUCUACAGCGACCCCUCGGCCAUUAUAAACGAUGACGACGGACUGUCUGCGGAGUACGACAGGGAGAGGCGCGUGUUUCGAGAGUUAAAAACCGGUCCGUCAAAGUUUGACAACCGCGCCUUCAACCUCCGCGACGAGGAACUGAGAAACAAAUUCGGCAUCGGAACUCCCCGAAUGGGGGGCUUCGGCAUCACCUUCGACCGGAACUACGACGGCAACUUCAACGACCCCAACUUCGAGAAGAAGGAGAAGCUCUCAACGUCCAGCUUCCACAGAGACAGAGAGAGAGAGAACCCGCUCGUGAGUAGGAACAGCUUCAACGGCUUCCCUAGGAUUAACGCGAACAACUUUCAGAUGACACCCGACGGAAGGAACAAAAGGGUCUCUGAAUUCGAGUGCGACAUUUGA